UAAUUUAAAAUUAUAUUUACGGUAAACAUUUCAAAAGAAGUCACUCUGGUAUGGUAAGGUAUAAUAUGGAGGAUUGGACCGGAAUCGGAGCUGGCUCUAACCACCUGGAAAAAAUUUAAAGCUGGAAGCUUUCAAGGUGCAAAUCCGAGAGCAGUAGUGGGUGAGCUGAAGUGCAGGCCGUAGAGAUAGAGGCGAUGUCAACAAGAAUAGAGCUCAAGCUCUCCCGACCCAACCGCAUCUAUCGCCCCUCCGAGCCUCUUCAAGGCAAAAUCGUGGUGAAGUCUGCUUCUUCCAUUUCUCACUAUGGAAUUCGCAUGCUCAACGGAUCAGUCAACCUCCAGGUUCGAGGAGGAUCGGCAGGCGUAAUCGAGUCCUUUUACGGUGUUGUCAAGCCGAUUACCAUCCUGAGUAAGAGCCUUGACAUUAAACCGUCUGGAAAGAUUGUUUCAGGUACAACAGAGAUACCAUUCUCUAUAAUUCUGAGGAAUUCUAAAGAAGAUAAUUUGGAAAGAUUUUAUGAAACAUACCAUGGAACAAAUAUUAGCAUCCAGUAUUUGGCCACUGUAGAUAUAAUAAGAGGAUACCUGCAUAAACCAUUAUCUGCUACAGUGGAAUUCAUAGUUGAAAGUGAUAGAGCCGAUCUUCUUGAUCAACCAAUUGCUCCUGAGAUGGUUAUCUUUUACAUUACUCCGGACACUCAAAGACAUCCUAUACUUCCUGAACUGAAAUCAGGUGGCUUUCGCAUCACAGGAAGAAUAUCCACACAACGUUCGAUGCUUGAACCUCUCAGUGGAGAACUAACAGUCGAAGCAUCUGCAAUUCCAAUUUGUUCCAUUGACAUUCACUUACUUCAUGUGGAGUCGAUUCUUCUUGGGGAAAAAAUCGUCACUGAAACCUCUUUGAUACAGACUACACAGUCCCUCCCUUUUUGUGUGAUCUCCGAGAAGCAUACAAUGUGAAGCACUGCCAGCACAUCUAUGGUGUUCAUUGGUUCUCUUGGCAAAUUAGCAGAGCAUUUGACUCCAAUGCUAAGGACUGAUAUAAGGCAUUCCCAGAUGUUCCCAAUGCUCAUGUCUCUGCCGCUUUGGCCAGUUUGAUUAAAGACUCCUUCAGUUUCGAAUUUGAUUAAAGGAACAACUAUCUCCACCAGACAAUCACGCAGAGCCAUCUUAACAUAACCAUGUAGGUUCCGACUCUCCUGUAAACAUGCUGCUUGUGGGACAUUUGCUUGUACACAACUCCAUUAAAAGGAUGCCAUAGCUGUACAAAUAUGCAAUUACAAACACUUCAAGAAACUGCCACUAUAUCUGGAAAAGGUCAAAUGCUGAAUGUAUCAACUUUACUAGAUGAUAAAUUAAACACAAAAUCGUUUUAUAUGUCAUAUAAACUCAACUCUAUCGGAAGUAGGAACUAAUAGGGAAGGGAAUUGCCUGGUGGAAUGUAUCCCAUAGUUCCUCUUUGAAUUGCUUUGCGCCUAAAUGGAUCAGUCAGUGGUCACUGUUAGAAUUUAGAUUUUCUCUCUAGAUUUGUUUUCUAUUGUUUGACAUAAAGUAAUGCCACCUUUGACUUAGAAGAUUUGUCUACCUAAUGCUAAGAUGUGUUAGAUUUUUGCAUUUCAAGCUUUCUAUAUAUAAACUACAAAAUGAAUGAAUAAAACUGCAGAAUACUUCUUUGUUCUCUUUUUUUCA